AUCUUCCUGCUGUGCAUGCUGGGUAAUAUGCUGGUGUGUCUGAUCGUGCUGAGGGACCACCGAAUGCGGACUGUGACCAACCUCUUCAUCCUGAACUUGGCUGUGAGUGACCUGCUGGUGGGCAUUUUCUGCAUACCCACAACACUGGUGGACAACCUCAUCACAGGUUGGCCGUUCACCAACAUGGUGUGUAAGAUGAGCGGCUUGAUCCAGGGAACUUCUGUCUCGGCCUCCGUCUUCACCCUGGUGGCAAUCGCCGUGGACAGGUUCCGCUGCAUUGUCUACCCAUUUCAACCCAAAAUAACCCUGCUGGUAGCCAAGGCAACCAUUGCCACGAUAUGGGUCUUAGCAGUGGUGAUUAUGUGCCCCUCUGCUGCCAUGCUCACGGUGCAGCGGGUGGAAAACCAUUACAUGAUCCACGAGGAGGACUACAACCGAAGAUACCCUUUGUACACCUGCUAUGAGAACUGGCCGGAACCCGGUAUGCGUAAGGUUUACACCAUGGUGCUCUUUGGGCACAUAUACCUGGUGCCUCUCAUGCUUAUCACGCUCAUGUACAGCCGCAUCGGCGUGAAGCUGUACACCUCCUCCGUCCUCACCUGUGCCGAGCCCCGUGACAUGAUCUCCGCUCGGGCAUCAACCCCCGAGGGAAGGCCAGUGUCACAGAGGAAAAUUCGAGUCAUCAAGAUGCUCAUUGUGGUCGCUUUACUCUUCAUGUUGUCCUGGCUCCCGCUGUGGACCCUGAUGCUCCUCACAGAUUAUGGAGGGCUGCAGGGUGAUCAACUGGAGCUCAUCACUGGGUACAUCUUCCCCUUCGCCCACUGGCUGGCUUUUUCCAACUCCAGCGUCAACCCCAUCAUCUACGGCUACUACAAUGAGAACUUCAAGAGGGGCUUCCAGGUAUUCUGUCAGCCUCACUCCUGCUGCCAGGGAAGCAGGGAGGGAAGAGAGCAGAGUCUAGAUGAUGGUAGAGAGGAGAGGGGUGGCUCACAGGAUGCCGUCACCAAUGGAAAUCCCCUCACCUUUGGGAUGAGAAACAGAGUGCAUACGGAUGGGGACCCGACAAAGUGCGUGCGUCUGGAGCUGGAGUGGAGGAAGAGCAUGGCUGUUAGCGGCCCUGUGCAUGGGGAAAAGGGGCAGAGAGCAGCGGGGAGUCCGGCAGCUGGUGCCGCUAACAGAAGAGGGCUCUGCACUGAGGAGGGCGAGAGGAUUGGAGGAGCUGGAGUCUGUCAGGCCUGGGACCUCUGAGGGGGCUUUUGUGUUGGGGUGUG